GCUCUACUGCAGACACAGACCCCGUUGCCCCCUUCCUGCUACAGUUUGCGGAGUAAAAGUCACGUUGGUACUAGAGGAGAAGAGAGACCUAUCCUCUUACAGCCGCUGCCAGAUAUCUGAUCGCGUUUGCAUGGCGAACGGAAACCUGAUCGGCUAAAGACUGCCGAAACCAGGAGGAGUGACUUACCAGGAAGCAUUAAAAAAAUGUCUUCUUCCUCAAACGAAGUCAUAGUUGCAAAUGAGAUCAAGAAGGAAAAUGUUAAGGCAGAUAAACGGGAGACCAUCAAGCUGCUAGCGCUGGAUACUGCGGAGUUGUCUAUGGAGCAUGCAACUUCAGCUGCAGAUACGGUCCACACUGAACUUCUCGUGAGCGCUACCUCCUCACUGGCCUUUUCCCCCGAGCAAGUUGCGUGUGUAUGUGAGGCUCUGCAGCAGGGAGGCAAUGUGGAUCGUCUGGCCAGGUUUUUAUGGUCCUUACCACAGAGUGACUUACUACGUGGCAACGAAAGCAUCCUCAAAGCCCAAGCUCUUGUGGCUUUCCACCAGGCUCGGUAUCAGGAGCUGUACAGUAUCCUAGAGAACCACAGCUUCAGCCCGUCAAACCAUUCUUCUCUACAGGACCUAUGGUACAAGGCACGGUACACUGAGGCGGAGAAGGCUCGGGGGAGACCCCUGGGCGCUGUGGAUAAAUACCGUCUGCGUAGGAAAUAUCCCCUUCCCCGGACUAUCUGGGACGGUGAGGAGACGGUAUACUGCUUCAAAGAGAGGUCUCGAAACGCACUGAAGGAUCUUUACAAGCAGAAUAGGUACCCCUCUCCAGCCGAGAAGAGAAAUCUAGCUAAAAUCACCGGACUCUCCUUGACUCAAGUCAGCAACUGGUUUAAAAACAGGAGACAGAGGGAUAGGAAUCCUUCCGAAGCGCAGUCCAAGAGUGAAUCCGAUGGCAACCACAGCACAGAAGACGAGUCCAGCAAGGGCCAGGACGACCUCUCCCCGCGCCCUCUGUCCAACUCCUCAGACGGGAUGGCGGCCCACGGGGCCCUCCCCAUCGCAGGCGCCCUGGACAGCGGCGUGGUCAUCCAGCAGAUCGGGGACAUCAAGAUGUCCUCCGCCUCUGGAGGCGGGGUGGUCUUCAACGGGAACCUGGUGACCACCAACCCUCCAACCAUCUUCCACAACGGCAGCUCCUACAUCCAGGCCCCCAGUAACAUCCUUUUCAACGGGCUCAACCUGGGUGCGCAGCCAUUGGCCUUCAACCCCUUGCGCCCCUCUUCUGACGGCCUGCUGGGGGGCUCCAACGGGGACACGUCGCUGCAGGCCGCCCAGGAGAAGGGGCUCAACGGCCUGGCAGCGAGCUCCCCCCUGCCCUACUCCUCCUUCGCCGGCGGCGUGAACGGCGCUGAGGUGAAGCUGGAGGGGGUGCAGACUCUCGCCUCCCAGAGCGGGGGAUCCUCCGUUCUCACCUUCUCCACCUCCGCCGGGUCCCUGCAGCUCGGCAACUACAGCCUGGUGCAGGUGCCCAGCACCGAAAGCAACGGGGCGUCGCUGCUCAACAGCCUCCCUCCGCUGCAGCUGCCCCCCGCCUCCUCUCACGGUGGCGUGCCGUUGAGCAGCGUGGUGGUGAGCUCGCCGGGCGGCGACUCCUCCUUCUCCCUUCAUCAGCAGCCUCAGGACAAGCUGGUCCUGGCCCCCCUGCAGCCCAGCACGGUGCUCUACACCAUGGCCAACGCCGCCCAGCCCAUCAUCAAACAGGAGCCCGUGGAGGGGGAGAGCUACGCUUUCCCCCCGGGCCUGCACCUAGACCAGGGCGGCCAGCUCAGCUACUCGGCCACCCCCUUGAACUCCAGCCGGGCCCUGCCCGCCAACCAGGCCUCGGCGAUCUCCGUGGUGAGCUCGUCCAGCGCUGUGCCGGGACACUACACUACGCUCUCCGUCAGCUCCUCCCUAGGGGCCCAGACUGUUCAGACGCACCACCACUUGCUCCCGUCAGACUACAGUGACCAUAAUGCCCUGCCCCAUCACGCUCACGUCCACUCGUCCACUCCCAGCCUGAAUGGCAACUUUCUGUCCAUCACGGAGGACAAGGCUGGCGCAGCUGGGAUGAGCGACAUGGUGAGGGUCAUGUGUGGUGAGAUGGAGGCCGAGGAGAAAGAGCUGGCCAAACUUCAGACCGUGCGAAUGGACGAGGACAUGGGUGACCUUUAACCUCUGCUCCCUCAUCUCUGUCCUUAGCAGCAAUGGGGUGUUGGGCAUUUGUAUUUUUUAAAAUUUUUAAUCUUUUUAUUUGAGUCCUUGAAGUGUUAACUUAUUUGCAAGUGUUCCAGUCAGUGAACAAAUCACACCUUGGAUGGUGCACUCUAACCAGUCAGAUUAGCUCAACAAACUCCUGCAACUGAAAGAAAACCUAUGGGAGCUGUCUUCAGAGAAAGAAAAUGGCUCAUGAUAAUAUUUUAUAAUAUGAAAUAUGUAGUAGUCGCAUGUAUUUCAAGCAGAUUGAAGUGUGCAUAAAGUCCCACCGUGUUGACACUUAGUGCGUCCUCUCUGGUCAGUCUGAUGAACAGGAGCAGGUGUUGAAUGGCCUCAGUCAUGUGACCAAGACAUCCUCCGACCAAUUCUGUCAUCAGCUGCCCCCAGAGGCCACCCAGUAAGGAGAUGUAUGCCAUUGAAAAAGUGUACGACAUCAAGCCUGCUAUGUUGAACAGAGAAGGAAUGACUGCACCACAGCGGUUUGUAUGUAGCAAUGUGAUAAAUAUGCAAAACAGUCUGUUAUGGAACAUCUCAAGGGUUAUACAGGCAGAGUCUCUCACUGUGACCCCCCCAGCAGUCAACAGUCAUUCUGUUGGAUGUCAUAGCGUGGAUUCCUACUUUGGAGACAGAAGCUGUCCAAAUGAGUUGUAUAAAAAUGAAAUGUGCCUUUCUGCCGACAAAAAAAAAAAAAAAAAAA